CUGAUAAGCAAGCAGCAUGUCAAGGCACUUGACAACUUGGAAUGGACACCAAAAUAAGAACUGCAAGCAAGUGCAUUCGAUUGUUUUAAAAUGAAUGUUGCGUAACAAUAUGUUGAUGAAUCAUCGAAUUAUUCACAAAGUUUUAGUAAAUGAUAAAGCUUUGUUUUUUUUUGGUAAACCUU